CCUAGCUCCCGCGCCGCAGAUGGCGAACCGGGCGGCCCAGCUCGCGGGCGUGCUCCAAGCCUGCAUCAAGCGGAACCCAAAGCCCAGCCGCGCCCACGCCAAGGCUGCACACGCGCGCGUCCUCGCCGGCGGCCUCGCCGCCGACACCUUCCUCCUCAACCGCCUGGUCGAGCUCUACUCGCUCUCCGGCCUCCCGCGCGACGCCCUCCGCGCCUUCCGCACCCUGCCCCACCCCAACGCCUACUCCUACAAUGCGGCGCUCUCGGCGGCCAGCCGCGCGGGCGACCUCGACGCGGCCCGGACGCUGCUCGACGAAAUGCCCGAGCCGAACGUCGUCUCCUGGAACACCGUCAUCUCCGCGCUCGCGCGGUCCGAGCGCGCGGGCGAGGCGCUGGGCCUCUACGAAGGGAUGCUGCGGGAGGGCCUCGUCCCGACGCACUUCACGCUCGCCAGCGUGCUCAGCGCUUGCGGCUCCAUGGCCGCGCUCGAGGACGGGAGGCGCUGCCAUGGGCUCGUAGUCAAGGUCGGGCUUGAAGAGAAUCUGUUCGUGGAGAACGCGCUCCUUGGCAUGUACACCAAGUGCGGCAGCGUCGGGGAUGCUGUGCGGCUGUUCGACCGGAUGGCUCGCCCGAACGAGGUGUCGUUCACGGCGAUGAUGGGAGGGCUGGCACAGACUGGGUCCGUGGACGAUGCGCUCAGGUUGUUCGCCAGGAUGUGCAGGAGUGGGGUACGAGUUGAUCCCGUGGCCGUGUCAAGUGUUCUGGGCUCGUGCGCACAAGCUGGCGCCAGCGAGUUCAAUGUUCUUCGCGCGUUCCAGCUUGGGCAGUGCAUUCACGCCUUGAUCGUCAGAAAAGGCUUUGGGGCAGACCAGCAUGUGGGGAACUCCUUGAUCGAUAUGUACACCAAGUGCAUGCAAAUGGACGAGGCUGUCAAGGUGUUCGACUCAUUGCCCAGCGUCAGUAUUGUUUCUUGGAACAUCCUUAUAACUGGAUUUGGCCAGGCGGGCAGUUAUGAGAAGGCUUUGGAAGUAUUGAACAUGAUGGUAGAGUCGGGCUCUGAGCCCAAUGAGGUCACUUACAGUAACAUGCUCGCGUCCUGUAUUAAGGCGAGGGAUGUUCCAUCUGCUCGUGCAAUGUUUGACAAUAUAUCAAGGCCGACUUUGACUACGUGGAACACACUUUUGUCUGGUUACUGCCAGGAGGAACUGCAUCAAGAAACAAUCGAGUUGUUUAGGAAAAUGCAGCAUCAAAAUGUGCAGCCUGACCGAACAACUCUGGCCGUGAUCCUCAGUUCAUGCUCAAGAUUGGGGAAUUUGAACCUUGGAGCACAAGUUCAUUCUGCUUCAAUAAGACUCCUGUUGCAUAAUGACAUGUUCGUCGCUAGUGGUUUGGUCGAUAUGUAUGCAAAAUGUGGACAGAUUAGUAUUGCCAGGAGCAUUUUCAACAGGAUGACAGAGAGAGAUGUGGUGUGUUGGAAUUCCAUGAUCUCAGGUUUGGCUAUCCAUUCUUUCAACAAAGAGGCCUUUGAUUUCUUCAAGCAGAUGCGACAAAAUGGAAUGAUGCCCACAUCCUCCUCCUAUGCUACCAUGAUUAAUUCAUGUGCAAGACUUCCUUCCGUACCUCAAGGUAGGCAGAUACAUGCACAAGUUGCGAAAGAUGGUUAUGAUCAGAAUGUCUAUGUGGGUAGUGCCCUGAUUGAUAUGUAUGCUAAAUGUGGCAACAUGGACGAUGCACGUCUUUCCUUCGACAGCAUGGUGACUAAGAAUAUAGUUGCAUGGAAUGAGAUGAUACAUGGAUAUGCUCAGAAUGGUUUUGGAGAAAAGGCCGUUGAACUAUUUGAGUAUAUGUUAACUACAGAACAGCGGCCAGAUAGUGUCACUUUCAUUGCCGUCCUAACAGGAUGUAGUCACUCCGGGCUCGUAGAUGAAGCCAUUGCAUUCUUUAAUUCCAUGAAGAGUACUUACAGAAUUACACCACUGGCUGAGCAUUACACUUGUCUCAUAGAUGGAUUGGGGCGAGCGGGUCGGCUUGUUGAAGUGGAGGCACUAAUAGAACAGAUGCCAUGCAAAGAUGAUCCUAUAGUGUGGGAAGUUCUACUUGCUGCAUGUGCUGUACAUCACAAUGCUGAAUUGGGGGAAUGUGCCGCGCAGCACCUGUUCCACCUUGAUCCAAAGAACCCAUCACCCUAUGUUCUCUUGUCAAACAUAUAUGCUUCCUUAGGCCGACAUGGGGAUGCAUCAGGCAUUAGGGCAUUGAUGAUUAGCCGUGGAGUUGUCAAAGGUCGUGGAUACAGCUGGAUAGAUCACAAGGAUGAUGUUCGUGCCUUUAUGGUUGCUGAUGAUCUUCAGAAGGACAGUGGAGAAUCUAAAAUGUUCAGCAAUCAAGAGAGUGCUGCUGGGGUUACAGAAGUACACCAGAAAGAGACAUGUGCUGGUUGAUUUGGGCUUUUUGAUAUCAGAUGCACUGGUGAAUCUGUUUCAGUGAUAGCUGAAUUCAGUAGUGCCACUUCUGUGCAAUUUGCUUGAGAGCCUCAAGCUUUACUGUUGUAUGUAGCUUCAUGUAUCUGGAAGAUGGGAAACACAGUCUGAAUGUUCAGUAGAAAGAAUAUGCAAGACAGGAAUGGGUUGUGUUGCAGAUUAGGUGCUAAUGAAAUUAUAUGCUCGGUUCAUGUCAUUACGUGGUGCAGAGCUUCAUCUUAAUGAGCAUGCACUACGAUGAGUUGUGCAUUUGAGAGCGCAAAAGCAAUUGUUGCCCGGUUAUACGAGGGAUGCAAUGACUGCAUUCAUAGCUUCGGAAUGGUUGAUUUAAGAGCCAGUGGAUAUAACUUUUGGAUAAUCAUUAUCUGGCUUCGCUUCUCACUCUGUCCAAGAUCCGUCGUAAACUGGAAUGUCAUGCUUCCCAAUUCUAUAGAGUCCCUGUAAAGAAAUAUUGUUAGACACCUGCUUGGCAGAGUCGAUGUCUCAGUGAUAAUAUCCAAGAACAUGCCAGAUUUCUAGACCAGAGCAAAGUAUGCAGGCAGUUACACCAGAUCCGCAUGUGAUGACUAUCGGUUGAUCAAAGUGAAGUCCCUGAAGAGACAUCAAACCGGGUGCUAUUAUUACUGUUGCUUGGUGAAACUUUUGUACUCAUGUACACAUCUGAUAGGCCCAAGAAAUGAUUGCCUCUUAGGGAGAAGCAUUGGUGCACCAUCAAUCAUUUGGGAGAAGACUAGCAUUGUCAUAUUCUUAGCCUUUUAUGGUUAUCCAAGUAUAUAUAUAUUAUCUUAUAAUGAUAUCGGCACUAUACCCACCUCAGGGAAUGGAAGACAUUUAGCUCCAGUAGAUGCAACAAUAGAGGGGGAAAGGAACUUCUAGGUAUAUGACUUUGGUAUGCUGCAAUGUGGAACUCUGUAGCGAAAUCCUCAUUGGCGGGAUGAUAACAAGGCCGAUGCGCCCCUAGGUGGGAAAAGAACCGGCGAUGGUCUUUGGCAUCCUCCGUGUGUGUUUUGUGUUGCCAUGACGAAGACCGCUGUUGUUCCUUCCGCGACAGUGUUCGAGUCUGAAGAUGGUUAAGUCGGAUUUGUUGUUCCUGUCUAUACCAUCUAUUUUGUUUUCCCGUAGGAUUAUCAUAUUCACAAGUGUGGGUCGGUUCCUUUUGUAAUACUUGUGUUUGUUGUCUACAUCUUUCUGAAUUAAGACUUGUGUGGAAAUCUGAGAACUGAAGGUUACCAGAGGCUCUGGUUACGGUGCAAGGUGUGCUAACGAAUUUCAGUAUGUGAAAUUUUGUGUGAACUGGGGUUUCAUGAAGUUGCAUGAAUCGUCUUUGGAACGUCUUGGUUAGCAAUCUCCGACACUGUGCUUUUGUCAAACACGAUAAUACAAGAUGCAAGCAAAUGCACAGGGUUUCUCAAAAGUAAAAGUAAUAUUGCGCUUGUGUUACGAUUCGUUUCAGGACUGUAGAUAAAGCCAGUGGACUGCAACAUCUUUGAAACAAGAUUAAUAUGAACAUCCAGAUGCACAGCCAUGUCAGUGCACCUGCAGUCGAUGUCGAUGCUCAGCAGAGGAUUAAUACCACAAUGAGGCGACUGGGGGCAGCGACGCACAGUUGUUCUUUUCAUUCAGAAGAUGGAAUAUGAGUUCCAUUAACUGUGACUCCAGCCAAAUCACCUCUGGUCUGCUAUAUAUGCUGUCUCAAGAUCUUGGCACAGACCUGCAAUGAAGCCUGUUGUCAUGUGCAGUGCCCUUCUCAGCGCAUUGCAAGAGCACAGACCUCUCAAGAGAAACACUGAAAUAUAAGAAUGUGAAACAACAUCAAUUAAUCAUGCGAAGGAAGCUGAUAUCAGUAAGUACUUCCAUGAAACAACACAGUCUCAUACUCUGUAUAUGUUUUUAACACCUCAAUGGCAGCAAUGGCCGCGGAUAAAAGCAUGAUGCUCUGUUGUAUGUCAGUUUCAUGUGAUACAAUCUGAAUUAAGUACACAUCUAAUGCUCUCAAAGUUAAGGCUGAAAUGACUACAUGAGGCAUAGAAGUGUUGAUCCGAGCAAAUUCAACAUCGUCGCUGUUUCAAUGUACUCCCCCUGUCCCAAAGUUCUUGUCUUAGAUUUGUCUAGAUACGGAUGUAAAAUUUUGGGACGGAGGGAGUAUCAGAGAAUGGAGAUUUCAAUGGGCUGAGUUAGAAAGGUGAUAUAAAA